UGCUGGUCCCACAGUGUGACCUGGGUCCCUGUACCGCCUCCCAUUGCUCCCACUCUGCCAUGUGCCACUUUGAGGUCUCCUCACACUCCUGCGGUUUUCCAUUUUGUCAUAGGUUGCUGGCAGAUUACAGGCCUCCCAUAGGUGCCGCCAGGCCCCAAAUCGGCCAUGGGCCCCCGUACCGCCUGGUCACGCUGCUGCUGGUCCCACAGUGUGACCUGGGUCCCUGUACCGCCUCCCAUUGCUCCCACUCUGCCAUGUGCCACUUUGAGGUCUCCUCACACUCCUGCGGUUUUCCAUUUUGUCAUAGGUUGCUGGCAGAUUACAGGCCUCCCAUAGGUGCCGCC